AUGGAGCGGCCAGCGGUUUCCACCUCCGAAGUAUGUGAGGUGCCCGAGGUGGAGGAGGGAUCACAAGAAAUAGAGCCAUCAACGGCAGCCUCCAGGCUGCAAGACGGGACCCCAAAGACGGGCGACAAGAGGAAGGAGAGGAGCAAGAAGGAUAAGAAGGACAAGCAUGGAAAGAAAAGGAAGAAGGAGAAGGAGAAGAAAAUGCGGAAGGCGAGAGAAGAAGAGGAGCAGCCACGGAGCAUCCAAGCCGCGCAGGCAUUCGAUCUUGACGAGCUUCUGGCGGGCAGUGACCUUUUCCAU